AUGGCGGUCCUCUCCCUGCGUAUUGGUAUAGAGACUGAGGUCCUACUCUGUGCAAUUGACAUGCAAGACCAAUGCAAAGGUUCUCUUGAAGAGUUUGCCAAGGGUCUGGUCGGACAUUACAACACCAAAGUCAGGGAAAGACCCGGCCAACCCGAGAUGCGUAUGGCAUUUGAUACGUGGCAUGCGAGCGAAGAUCCUACAAACUCCCGGUACUGGUCUGUGGUGGAGGAGAUUUCUAUUGACCCGGAUGAAGAUCAUUGGGGUCUCGAGUUUGCAUCACCUAUCAUACGCUACGAAGCUGGAAGCUCAUGGCGCCAGAACCUGCAUUACCAUUUCCAAAUAAUCGAGAGCUACGCUGAGAUCAUGAGCGACGUCACAUGCGGUACCCACGUCCACGUAUCCCCAGGAUACAGCAAGUGGACUCUGGAACAAGUCAAGAAUGUCUCAAGAAGCAUCCUCUAUUUCGAAGAAGCGUUCGAAGUCUUGCUGCCUCCAGGACGCCGUGGAAAUCGCGAGUGCAGGAGCAAUCGGUUUGAUAAUCCAAAGCUCAAGCACCUGCCUGAUUUGGAAUCUUGUUUUCAAAGGAUCCAAGAGUGCACUGCGAUCGAGUCUCUGAUACAUCUGAUGAAUGCUAAAGAAGAGGACCCCUCCAAUGUCUGUGAGGAUUCGAAUGGGGAGAAAGCCGUGACGGAGCGUCGCUACGGGUUCAACUUCGAAAAUCUCAUGGAGGGCAAGAUUGGGACUAUUGGUAUGCACCCUAUUUGCGGGGAAAUGCCCACUGAAUGUACAGAGUGCUCACCACCUGAGACAGAGUUCCGACGUCCUCCUUGCGUUACCAACUAUCAGGACUGUGUUAUGUGGGCAGAAUUCGGGGCUUCUUUCAUGCAAGCAGCCAUGCAGUACGGUACCAGCCCGGAUCAUUUGCGGACGUAUGGGCCAGAUGUGGCUGGUCUGGCCGCGUUUAUCGGUCAAGCUGCCAUACCAGGCAUGAAUGAUCGAGCGAUUUUGGAAAAGAUGUUUGCCAGAGGGUCCGGUUGCUUGCCAGUUGGGGCGCUGAAAUACCAUCAUUAUUAUUGA